GUGACCACAGCUUUGCGGAAAAACUCAACGAAAAUGGCAGGAUCGAGGGGCUCCAGUGAAGCGCGACUGCCGGCGUUUAUUGCCAUUUUCCUCGCUUUUUUCUGCACGGGGAACUGCACUGCUCAAGUGCCACUUCUAAUGUGGUCCACUGACGGCCUACCACCACUGGCCUCAUCUGCAGCUGGUCACAUCACCUCCGUUGACCAGUUGGCUGCUUACCUGACCGUUGCCUUUAGCUCUGGCCCCCACACUGUGCUGCUGUUUCUGCAGGACAAGUUAAGCAAAGAUGACUUCACAGUCUUUGGUGGAGUGUUUGGAAACAAACAGGAUAGUGCCUUUCAAAACCUUGAGGCUACACUUCAGUCUUCUUCAUCUUCAGUCACACUUCCAGCCUUAGAGUGGUCGGGCUCCUCUGCCAUCCCGGCUCUGUUGCAGGAGAAACUCGGUGUCUCGCCUCUGCUUGUAGAUGCAGACACUCUGUCACACCUGAGCAUCAACACAUCUAUCAGCAAUCUGUUGCUCAUCAAUCUGCCCUAUUGUACUGGCUUGCCCACAUCUUGCAAGGAAGUCCUGCAUGAAAAUGAUAAGGUUAUUGGGAAUGUUCUUAGUGUCAUGAAAGCCAAAAAUGUGCCAUACACUGCGAUAUACACAGGACUCCAGCCAUCACGAGUGAUUUCAGAGACAUCUGUGUCUGACCAGUCUGUGGGCCGGUCCUUGCUCCAGGCAGUUUUGCCCGAUGUCAAACCGCCCAUCAUGUUUAAUGUAUCUGGCAACCCUUGCAUAAUGCUUUGGGCUCAGAAUCUCAGUGUCAGCCUCUCAGGGACUUCACCGUGGAUUGACCUGGCUGAGCAGACACCUUCCUUGACAGGAUCCAUGUGUAACACCAGUAACUCACGACUUGUCCUCAGUUAUCCAUCAGGCUUUACACUAAGUUUUGCCAUGAGUCAGCGGUUCUAUCGUGUGUCAGCACGGAACUGGUUCACCCUGGACACCGUGCAGCUGCAGGUCAGCAAUCUAACUGCGUCUUUCAUUGGGAGCCGCGGCAUCUAUGCCCCUGCAGAAUAUUCCUUCCACUGCCAGUCUGUCAGCAGCUUCCAGGACGCUCUGCUCGUGCCAAACAACACCAACCAAAACACAUCUCAGUGGAGGCUCAAUUUUAUUGACUUCCAGAUUCAGGGCUUCGGGUUGGCAAAUGGAACAAACUUCUCCUAUGCCAGUGACUGUGCAGGGUUCUUCACCCCAGGGAUUUGGAUGGGGCUGCUGACCUCACUGCUCAUGCUGUUGAUUUUUGUGUACGGUCUGCACAUGAUCAUGCAGCUAAACACCAUGGAUCGAUUCGACGACCCCAAAGGCCCUUCGAUUUCAGUGCCCCAGUCGGAGUGAAGCACUCCUAAAACACACCCCCAUGCCUCAGUCUUUCAGUGCCUCGUGGUAGGUGGUGGACCUGGGAGAGUCCCUCUUUGCCAAAUAGCUUCUGUACGUGUGGGUCUUUUUCUUCGAAGAUAUUUGUCAGGCAGAUCGUCUUUUCCUCUGACAUUCUCUCCUAUAGCUUUCCUUCCUGAAUCCUUCCACAGUUUUAUUUGGGGAUACCAUUCUCUUGCAGGGUGUGUUCCUUUUCAUCUUCCCACAUUUGCAAGUGCCAAAAUGGAUGCACCUUUAUGUUCAUAUGAGUUGAUGUCAAGUGCAUGUGCUAAAAGGUGUUGUUGUGCCACUGUUGGCCAGACACAGUGGAGAGUGCCUUCUGUGCCAACAUGAAUGUGAUCACUGGAUGCUGUAGGACCUUUUCAGACCUCAAUUCUUUCUUUUUCUUUUUUUUUUUUUCCAACUCAACUGUAAUUUAAG